AUGGGCUGCUUCCAGGCGCGUCAGCCUCUGGUGAUGACAGACUGGUCCACAAUGAGAGUUUUCUCGAACGGCACUGAUACCUACGAAACCGAUGGGAGCCACGCUUCACUGGCGCAAUCGCUCUCGAAGCAACCCCCGUAUCAAGUCUUCUCGUCCCAUGUCGACUUCUUGCGGAACAAUUCAGCCUUUGGCAACACGACCAAAAUUUUCGCAUUCGACACUCCAAACGCUUCCACGGGCAUCGUGUGGAUCAAACCAACAACUAGGGACUAUGCCGACGAAGUCGAAAAUCCGAUAUGGUCUGUCACUGCUGCCACACUAACGGCCACAUGGGCCAUGGUUGACAUCAACGCCACAUCCGAUGCGUGCGUUGGCAGCACAUACAGCGCGAUCAAAAAGGCACACCACGACGCUGUCUUCGAUAUCUCCUAUAGACGAACGAAGCCCAUUGAGAUCGCUUCGGAGUGGUCUCAAAGACUGGCCCAAACAGCGUACGAGAUGCAAAGUUCAGACCUCGUCAAUUGGAACAACAACACAAACGUCACCAUCUCCCAACAAUCCAUUGCCCCAACCUUUGCGCUUGGGCUGGCCACCAUCGCUUACCCCUACAUCGACUCGGGCUACCCCAUAUCAGUGAACUCGGAUGGUGUCACAGAUAGCUUCAUUCCGUCUAGCGACAGCAAGUACACCCACAUACCACUCAAAGCAGGCACGUCCUACUUGGAGGACUUCAUGGACUACUUACCAAAGUACGUCGACUACGUCUCCACCACAGCCCGCAACACCCUCGGCUCCUUCUCGCGCUAUUUCUUCGUCGUGGACAAUACCGACAACAGCACCACUACAGACCUCUCUAACCUCGAAACCAUGGUCAUAACAACCUACCGCCGCGGCAUCGGUUACUCCCCCGAAACACGAACCGUGAAGUUCGCACUCGUCAUCAUCGGGCUCUAUUGCCUCGUUGCGCUGAUUCACAUCGUCUGGAUCCUGACCUCCGGCAAGGCGAGCACGAGCUGGAAUUCGGUCAGUGAACUGGUCAUGCUGGCUUUGAAUUCGAGGAUGCCGGAGGGGAUUGAGAACACCAGUGUUGGUGUCAACUCGAGGAAAACGUUUGAGGAGAAGGUGGGCAUCAGGGCGAAUGAGGUGGGGAGUUUGGAGUUGAGUUACUUGGGGCAGAAGGGUAGUGCGGAGGGGAGGGUCGCUGUUAAUAGGGAGUACUAA